AUGAGAUUCAGCGCAUCCGCCGUCCUGGCUGGCCUCGGAGCCGUAUCUACGGUUCUAGCCACGCCUACAAAGAUCACUUGGGAGCCGUCUAUGGUCAAGCGUGAUGCUGCUGCAAUUGUCAGUGUUGUUGCUGAUAUUUCCGCCCGAGUCUCGGCUCUAGGCGAUGACAUCCGGGGCUACACUGGCGGAGAUAUCUCUGCUAUUGAGGCGGCCUCAACCGAGCUUGUCAACACUAUCACGAGCGGGACUGAGGUAGUCCUUGCAAGUGCGCCCUUAACCGGCAUCGAGGGAAUCGCUCUAGUUGUCCCGAUUCAGGAACUUGCAGCAGAUGUGGAGGUUACCAUUGAUGACCUGAUCUCCAAGAAGGAGCUUGUUGUUGAGGCUGAGGAGGGACACAGUGUCUAUGCUCAGCUGGACGCCCAGCUGACUGCCGCCACUGGAUUCGCCGAUGCUGUUACAAGCAAGGUCCCGGAAACCCUCAAGGAAGUCGCAGCGGAGCUGGCCGCCACCGUAACGAAUGCUAUCCAGAAGGGACUUGAUGCGUAUGAGGAUGUCAAGACUCCACCUACUACGACUACCACUACGACAACUACUACGACAACUACUACCACGACCUCUGAGACGACCACUACUACGGACGAGCCCACGACGACCACUACGACAGAGGAACCGUGCGAGACAGAGACAACCACCACCACCACCACCACAACUACUGAGGAACCCUGUGAGACCGAGACAACCACUACUACGGACGAGCCCACGACAACUACUACGACAGAGGAACCCUGUGAGACCGAGACAACCACCACGACCGACGAGCCCACUACUACGGACGAGCCCACGACGACCACUACGACAGAGGAGCCAUGCGAGACGGAGACAGAGACCACGACCAAGCCUCCUCACCCAACAACCACCGACGAACCUUGCGAGACUGAGACCGAAACGGAGACCACUACCAAGCCUCCUCACCCAACAACCACCGACGAACCUUGCGAGACUGAGACCGAAACGGAGACCACUACCAAGCCUCCUCAUCCCACAACUACCGACGAGCCUUGCGAGACUGAGACCGAAACGGAGACCACUACCAAGCCUCCUCACCCUACAACCACUGACGAGCCUUGCGAGACCGACACGGAGACCACCACUAAGCCUCCCCACACUACUGACGAGCCAUGUGAAACCGACACUGAGACUCCCCCAGAGCCAACCACCACCGAUGAGCCCGAGCCACCAACCACCACUGACGAGCCCGAGCCGCCAACUACUGAUGAGCCCGAGCCCACAGGCCCCGGCCCCGUCAACCCACCCGGUGGUGACUCUACAACUCUUAUCCCCACCACUCCUCCCACCGAGACUGAGCCACCAACCGACGUCGACCCCACUGGCUCGGGCCCUGAGGCUCCUGAAUUCACUGGCGCCGCCGCCAAGAAUGUGUUCAGAUCCUCUCUUGCCGGCGCGGUGAUUCUCGGCGCUGUUGUUGUGGCUCUGUAA